AUGUCCAGCGCGCCGCUCCUCCAGCAAACGCCCGGCAAGCGAAUUGCCCUCCCGACCCGCGUCGAGCCCAAAGUCUUCUUCGCAAACGAGCGCACUUUUCUCUCAUGGCUCAACUUCACCGUCAUCCUCGGCGCUCUCGCAGUCGGCAUGCUGAACUUCGGUGACAAGACCGCCUUCUGGUCCGCCAUCGCCUUCACGUUGGUAGCCAUGGCUGCCAUGAUCUACGCGCUGUGGACGUAUCACUGGCGAGCGAAAUCGAUAAGACAGAGAGGGCAGGGUGGUUUCGAUGACAAGGUUGGGCCGACUAUGCUCGCUGUUGCACUCAUGGUCGCUGUGUCCGUCAACUUCAUUCUGCGUGCCGUCAACUACGACGACAUCGGAAAGAAGCACUGA